AUCGUUAUAUUUCGGGCUGUUUUUGCUCUGGUAGCUCGCUGGUAAACAUUUGCAGUUUGGCGGAUUUUUUAUCAGAGCAGAUAAAUUAAUGCAGAGGAUUAGUUGUUGGCUUUACUAAAGCGGUGUUGCCUAAUUCGCGGGUAAACAUAAAAACGUUAGACACAAAAGCAUCCAGUUAACGGCAUGCUAAGCUGCUCUACCAUCCUAAACACUGAGUCUGCAGAGGAGGGGUCCAGUCAGCAAAACAGUGCAGCACCACAAGUACAACAACAGCUACCCAACACAGCACCCAGUGCUGAAGCCACAGUCACUCUGCGGAGGAGUACGUUCAUAGUGUUUAUCACAACCAGCACUGUCAUUAUCCUCAUUCUCUUUGGUGGAGUUGUCAUCACUAGUGAGUGGAGAAUUUGCUUUUCAAAAGCUGAUCUUGAUGAACAGCUUUUCUUAAUUCGACAGCCACUAAGUUAGCAGAGAUGAAAGAUCUACUUAAUCCAGGUCAGACUGAGGCUGAGAAGGAGUUUCCUAGUCUGUCAAGAAGAGAAGGUGUUGUUCCAGAUGAAGUGUGGCAUUGGAUUGUGGCAGCUAAAGCGGAUGUGGUUCUUAAUCCUAAAUCAGCUCAUGCUCUCCUCAGAGUGAGCAAUGACGGCAAGAGUCUCUAUCAAUCCUCUCCAAGCAGCCCUCCCCGAGUCCUGAUGGCUGAGACAUAUCUGAAGUGCAUCUGUGUUUCAUCCAAGGUCCUGCCCAGCACUAGGGUCUAUUUGGAACUUCGGGUAACACGGUCUGUGCCGUGGACUGUGGGAUUUCGUACGGCAUCAUUUGAUGCAGACAACAACUAUGAUUGUUCUCCUGCUGCUGGCAUCUGGACAAUUGCCUCAGUAGAUGGUAAAAUAUUAAUCAAUGCUGGUAAAGCCAUUCCAACAGAUUACACCACACCAGCUAGACUGGGGCUGUACUUGGACUACAGACUUGGUCAGCUGUCCUUCUAUGAUGCAGUGGCCAAACUUCACCUAUUUACAUACGUUGCCAACUUCAAAGAACAGCUUUUGAUAUACGCAUCUGUUGAAACUGGGAUUGAAUUGGUGCCCGACGCAUUUAUUACUUUGAUUUAAUUAUAUACAGUGAGUAAAGGGUAGAUAUAGUUCAUGA